AUGGUGUAUAAUUUCAAGAUAAAGUCUUUUAUGUUAAAUAAGUUUGAUCACGAUCAUCCGCAUUGGCUGUUUGGUCAUUUAUUACAAUUACCUAAGGUCUUCAAUGAUGCUGGUUUGAGAUACAAACGUGAGAGAACUGCCAGAUAUAGAGAUUUUUGUUUAAGUUGGAUUGGACCUUUAUUACCAGUUGUUGCUAUAACUUCACCUAUUGGAGCAAGAGCUCUUUUAAAAACUGCUGAACCAAAAGGCAACAUGUAUCAAAUGUUAAAACCUUGGCUAGGUGAAGGGUUACUAUUGAGUUCUGGAGAGAAAUGGGCUCGUAAUAGAAGACUUUUGACACCAGCUUUUCAUUUUGAAAUUCUGAAACCAUAUCUUGUGAUUAAAAACAGAGCUGCUGAUGUGUUUUGUAAGAAAUUUGAAAAGUAUGCUGUAUCGGGAGAUUUUUUUGAUGUGUGUUCAGUCGUCACUAUGUUCACUCUAGAUGUUAUAUUGCAAUGUUCAUUUUCCUACGAAACUAAUUGCCAAGACCAGGGAUCAGGUCAUCCCUAUGUUAAAGCUGUCAAUGAAUUGGGUAGACUAUUAUCAAAGCGGGUAAUGAAUCCAUUAUUACAUUCUGACUUGAUCUAUUACCUUACUCAAGAUGGCCGACAAUUUAGAAAACAUUGCAUUUAUGUGCAUAGCAUAACAGAAGAUAUCAUUUUGAGUCGAAGAGCUGCUUUGAAGAAAAACAAUGCCACAAGCGAAAGAAAAAUAAGUUCUCGAAGAGGAUGUCAAGAUUUUUUAGAUAUUUUAUUAAUGGCUAAGGAUGAACAUGAUAUUGGAUUAAGAGAUAAGGAAAUUCGUGAUGAAGUUGACACGUUUUUAUUUGAGGGUCAUGACACUACUGCUAGCGCGAUCUCCUGGACAUUGUAUUCUAUUGCUCAACAUGGUAUAGUGCAGUGCCGUUUACAGAAAGAAAUUGAUUCUUUGUUGUACAACAGAAAGACAGAUGACUUGUUAGCAUCAGAUUUAAAUCAGUUAAUGUAUUUGUCAAUGUGCAUCAAAGAAUCACUUCGCCUCCACUGUGUUGUGAGUGCUAUCAUGCGUCAAGUAACUAGAGAUUUUACAGUUGACAAUGGGAAGACUAUACCUGAAAACACAUUAACUAGCAUACUUAUAUACUGUAUACAUCAUAAUCCACAUAUUUGGGAAGAUUCAUUAGAAUUCAGACCAGAAAGGUUUUCCCCAGAAAACAUCGAUAAAAUUCCAACAUUUUCUUAUAUUCCAUUUUCUGCUGGCCCUCGGAACUGUAUUGGUCAGAACUUUGCUCUGCAUGAAAUAAAAGUUAUACUUGUUAAAGUGUUACAUAGAUUUUUUCUUGAAUUAGACCCUUCUCAUAAACCAGGAAAACUAGAAAGUAUGGUUAUGAGGGCUGAAAAUGGAAUAAAGAUUAAAGUAACUCAAAGAGGAAAAGGACAGUAUAUGUUUGAAGAAUAA